AGGGCUUCACUCUGGCUGGCGUCGCCGCCUCACGCGCCCCUGCUCUGCCGCUACGGUCUUGGGGGCUGCUGGUCCCGAGUACCAUGUGUGACGGCACCCUGCUGCCCCCUCUCGUCCUGUCCUUGCUGCUGCUGGUGUGGGGUUUGGACCCGGGCACAGCUGUCGGCGACGCGGCGGCCGACGUGGAGGUGGUGCUCCCAAGGCGGCUGCGCCCCGAGGACGUGCACCUGCAGCUGCUGCCCGGAGCAGCGGGGCUCCGGCAGUGGCGGCGACCGCGAGCAUCUCCAGGUGACCCUCGAGCGGGACCGGGAGAGCGCGCCCUGCUGCUGCACCUGCCGGCCUUUGGGCGCGACCUAUACCUGCAGCUGCGUCGCGACCUGCGCUUCCUGUCCCCAGGCUUCGAGGUGGAGGAGGCGGGUGUCUCGGGGCGCAGCGGACACCCUGCCGAGCUGUGCUUCUACUCCGGACAAGUCCUGGGCCACCCGGGCUCCCUCGUCUCCCUCAGCGCCUGUGGCGCCGCCGGCGGCCUGGUUGGCCUCAUCCAGCUCGAGCAGGAGCUAGUGUUCAUCCAGCCCCUCAACAACUCAGGGGGCCCAUUCAGCGGAAGAGAGCAUCUGAUCAGACGCAAAUGGUCCUCUACCUCCGGCCUAGCUACCGAGGUCGAGGGACCCAGGCAGCACUGCAAAGUAGUGACAGAAGAGAAGCCCAGGAAAGGCAAGCUGUCUUGGGAUUGGAGAGAGCGGAGGAAUGCCAUCCGGCUCACCAAUGAGCACACGGUGGAGACCCUUGUGGUGGCCGAUGCAGACAUGGUGCAGUACCACGGGGCAGAGGCUGCACAGAGAUUCAUCCUCACCGUCAUGAACAUGGUAUACAACAUGUUUCAGCACCAGAGUCUCGGGAUUAAAAUUAACAUUCAAGUUACCAAGCUGGUCCUUCUGCGACAACGCCCUGCCAAGCUAUCCAUUGGGCACCAUGGUGAGCGGUCCCUGGAGAGCUUCUGUCACUGGCAGAAUGAGGAGUACGGAGGUGCUCGGUACCUUGGCAAUAACCAGGUACCAGGAGGGAAGGAUGAUACGCCCCCUGUGGAUGCUGCUGUGUUUGUGACCAGGACAGAUUUCUGCGUUCACAAAGAUGAACCUUGUGACACAGUUGGAAUUGCUUACUUAGGAGGCGUGUGCAGUGCUAAGAGGAAGUGUGUGCUCGCCGAAGACAAUGGUCUCAAUUUGGCCUUUACCAUCGCACAUGAGCUGGGUCACAAUUUGGGAAUGAACCACGAUGAUGACCACUCAUCUUGUGCUGGCCGGUCACACAUCAUGUCGGGAGAGUGGGUGAAAGGCCGGAAUCCCAGCGACCUCUCUUGGUCGUCCUGUAGUCGAGAUGACCUUGAGAACUUUCUCAAAUCCAAAGUCAGUACAUGUUUACUGAUCACUGACCCCAGGAGCCAGCAUGCCCUACGCCUUCCACACAAGCUGCCAGGCAUGCACUACAGCGCCAACGAGCAGUGCCAGAUUCUGUUUGGCACCAAUGCUACCUUCUGCAAAAACAUGGAGCAUCUGAUGUGUGCUGGGCUGUGGUGUCUGGUAGAGGGAGACACAUCCUGCAAGACCAAGCUGGACCCUCCCCUGGAUGGCACUGAGUGUGGAGCAGACAAGUGGUGCCGGGCUGGAGAGUGUGUGAGCAAGACGCCCAUCCCAGAGCAUGUGGACGGGGACUGGAGUCCGUGGAGCGCCUGGAGCAUGUGCAGCCGAACGUGUGGUACAGGAGCGCGAUUCCGGCAGAGGAAAUGUGACAAUCCCCCCCCUGGGCCUGGAGGCACACACUGCCAGGGCGCCAGCGUAGAACAUGCAGCCUGCGAGAACCUGCCCUGCCCCAAGGGUGUGCCCAGCUUCCGGGACCAACAAUGCCAAGCCCAUGACCGACUGAGCAGCAAGAAGAGAGGCCUGUUGACAGCAGUGGUGGUUGAUGAUAAGCCCUGUGAACUCUACUGCUCACCCCUCGGGAAGGAGUCCCCGCUGCUGGUGGCUGACAGGGUCCUGGAUGGCACACCCUGUGGACCCUACGAGACUGACCUCUGCGUGUAUGGCAGAUGCCAGAAAAUUGGCUGCGACGGCAUCAUCGGGUCUGCAGCUAAAGAAGACAGGUGUGGUGUCUGCAGUGGGGAUGGCAAGACCUGCCGUGUGGUGAAGGGUGACUUCAGCCACUCCCGGGGGACAGGUUACAUCGAAGCUGUUGUCAUUCCUGCUGGAGCUCGGCGGAUCCGUGUGGUGGAAGACAAACCUGCUCACAGCUUCCUGGCUCUCAAAGACUCCAGUAAGAGAUCCAUCAACAGCGACUGGAAGAUAGAACUCCCUGGAGAGUUCCAGAUUGCUGGUACAAUUGUCCGCUAUGUGAGAAGAGGCCUGUGGGAGAAGUUCUCAGCCAAGGGACCCACCACAGUGCCGCUGCAUCUGAUGGUGCUGUUGUUUCAUGACCAGAAUUACGGAAUUCAUUACGAAUACACCAUACCCGUAAACCAGAGCACAGAAAACCAGAGUGAGCCCGCCAAGCCACAGGAUGCCCUGUUCCUCUGGACACACAGUGGCUGGGAAGGGUGCAGCGUGCAGUGUGGAGGAGGAGAACGCAGAACCAUUGUAUCAUGCACACGGAUUGUUAACAAGACCACAACCCUGGUGAAUGACAGUGACUGUCCACAAGCAAGCCGCCCUGAGCCCCAGGUCCGACGGUGUAACUCUCACCCAUGCCAGUCCCGGUGGGUAGCUGGUCAGUGGAGCCCCUGCUCGGCGACCUGUGAGAAGGGCAUCCAGCAUCGGGAGGUGACAUGCGUGUACCAGCUACAGAACGGCACCCACGUCACUACUCGGCCCAUCUACUGCUCAGAACCCCGGCCCACACCAGUACAGAGCUGUGAAGGCCAGGACUGCCUGUCUAUCUGGGAGGCUUCAGAGUGGUCAGAGUGCUCUGCCAACUGCGGCAAAGGGAUCCAGAAACGAACUGUGACAUGCACCAACUCCCAAGGGAAAUGCGAUGCGUCCACACGGCCAAAGGCGGAGGAGGCGUGUGAGGACUACUCCGGCUGCUAUGAGUGGAAAACAGGAGACUGGUCUAAGUGCUCGUCCACCUGCGGGAAGGGGCUCCAGUCGAGAGUGGUACAGUGCAUGCACAAGGUCACCGGACGCCAUGGCAGUGAGUGCCCAACUCUCUCAAAGCCAGCAGCCUACAGACAGUGCCACCAGGAGGUCUGCAAUGAGAAGAUCAAUGUGAACACCAUCACCUCCCCUCGCCUUGCUGCUCUGACCUACAAAUGCACCCGGGACCAGUGGACGGUGUACUGCCGGGUCAUCCGAGAGAAGAGCCUCUGCCAGGACAUGCGGUGGUACCAGCGCUGCUGCCAGACCUGCCGGGACUUCUACGCAAACAAGAUGCGCCAGCCGCCCUCUCCUCCGAGCUUGUGACGCACAGUGUGGUGCUUGCUCAACGCUCUGACUCAAGGUCUGAGGCGUGGCAGUGAGUGGAGAGCCCUCGCCCUAGCCAAAAGCACACCAGCCCUGCAGCCAGGACCCCCAAAGCACUCCUCUCUUCCCACUGCAAGGCCACCUCAAGCAUUCAGCUGCCUAGAGCUAGAGAGCGGGCUUGACACUGCCAUUGGUCCUUUGAACGUAAUAUAUUGUUAACAGCCACUGGAUGGCUUUCUAAGGAAAAACUACACAAGAGUCAUAAAGUAAUUUUAAUUUCCAAGCUCCUAUGUACCUCAAAGGGGGACACCUCUGGCAGAUAAUUGUUCUGCACACACACACACACACACACACACACACACACACACACACAGAGAGAGAGAGAGAGAGAGAGAGAGAGAGAGAGAGAGAGAGAGAGAGAGAGAGAGAGAGAAACAUUUGGUGCUUUUGUUCUGGUGUUGCAUUUGAAUUCGGGCUUGAUGUAGCUUUGUGGAAAUGAGAUACCCCAUUAAAGGGGGCUCUCUCCUGAAAGUCAGCAGUGCCCUGAUCAACCAGCCUCCACUAAUGGCUUCUCUGGAAGAAAGAUGAGCUACCCUCCCACAAACACAAGAAUCAAGACUUGGUCUCUGCCCAUCUCAAAAACAUAGCCUCACAAGCCUUAGAAAUUGCCUUAGAAAUCUUGCCCCUGAGAGUUCAAAUCUGAAUAGACCAACAAGAAAUCCAGUGCCACACAGCUCUGCACACCACCUGUGUGGGAGAACGUUCCCGAAGAGGUGAAUUUGGGAAGGAAGGUGUCUGCUUUUCAGAGCUCAGCUGUGUAUCCCACAGGGAAACAGGGGAGUCUCUCUUCAAGGUGCUAUGAAACGGGACAUUCAUGAAUGGUCCAUGGGGUCGCCUCCUGACAUAAGAUGCCCUCAGAUCCCCAGGGGUGUGCCAGCUCCCGGUGUGCCUCCUGACACAUCCACUCUGGCCAGCACUACCUUUGGCUUUGUACCUUAUAUACAUGCUACAACUUGGCAAAGUAGCUUUCCAUUAACAUUGGCCUCUCCUCUGAAGUUAGGAUGACGCUUGGGACAUCUGAGGACACACAUCAGUCCUGGGUUCUGCAGCAUAAGGCUUGACUUCAGUAUCUGGACACAAGGAAGAUGUGCCGGGACUUGUGGAGGAAUACCACACAGCCAAAAUUGCUACACAUCCAUCAGGCCGCCUUCCAGCCAAUGUGUCACGGUUAGCGCCUUCACUGUUCAUAGCUGUCAUCAGUGACCUAUCUGGAUGUGGCAUGGAAAGACAGAGAAGGUCCUCUCUUCCCUCCCCAUGCCAUCACUCUAGCCACAGAACUUUCCCAUCUCCAGAAGGCCAGAGAAGUGCCAGACUGACCUCUCCAAGAGCAGACCAGCUGAUAGACUCCUGGCUACCCGGGAGGCUGGCUUUGCCCCACCUCUCCAGGGUUUUCAUGGGUGCUUGUGAACUACCUUGAGAGGCCCAUCUUCUCCUGGUUGCAGACGGAAGCUCUCUCGUUGGCAGUUUCCAUGGGAUCAUCUCCGAGUGCUUCUUGAUUUAUUACUGGUGCUGUUUCUGUUUUUCAUUUGGUUUAGUUCUGUCUUAGUUUUCAGUAGCCCAUCACACAGACGAGGUCAGGGUGGCAGGGAAACUGAUUCCACUUGAACUGAGAAAGGAGUGUUGAGAAGACUCCUUAGGUGCUCUGAGAGUGUCAGGGCGAAGUAACCCUCUGGUGGUCACCCCGGUGCUGUGCUAAACACUGCCCCACCCCACCCCCAGCUCAGGCCUGGUUACCAGCAGACCCCUCAGGCUGUUUUGAAAACCCAUAAAUUCUAGGGAACUCCGGAGGUGGAAGGGAAGGUGCUAUCAAUUUUCCCUCUGCCAUACAGCUUCUGUUAGUUUACCCAAAGACAUUCAUAUUUUGGAGCCAGAGAGCAAU